UGCGCAGCGGCCAUUUUGCAAUGUCUGACAUUUGUCCGAAAGACGAAGCUUGUUUUUGAAAUUAAUAAAUUUAAGUUGUGUAAAUUUUGUGUAUUUAUAAAAUUUUGUUUUGUUUUUCCGUGCUGAUUUUUACUUUUUUGUCGUAGGCUGAAGCUAGGCCAAAUAAUGUGCGAAAUAUAACAUUAAAGUUAGUGUAUGAGGUUAUGUGAGGCUGCUUGGUAUUUGCCAAACAGGAGCCUGGCUUUGUGUAGGGGCUUGUCCUUCGACCAUGGUGCAAGAUAAGCUUUGGAUUGCGAAGGUCGAGAUGCACUUUCGCCCUCCUCUGCUAUUGCUUGUGAGGGUCUGAAUUACAUUGAAGGAAAAUGGACAACAGACUGCAGUGUGUAAGACAUGUAGACACUGCGGAUGAGAUUGGAGUGUGGAUCAGUUUGUCCUUCUAUGUGUUUGUGAGCUAAAUAAUGUUCCAAAAUGAUGGCGAGAUGUUCGAUUUGGAAUAUGCAGGCGGAACAAGAUAUUACAACGGCCACUUGGAAGUGGCGUCUGCUGUGUCAUCAAAGAAGGAGAGCAAGGUCAGGAAGAGGAAAGUGGCGUCGAGGCGGGAGGACGGGCGCAAGCCAUCCGCGGCGGACGGGAAGCACCGGUUCGCAGACAAGCUGAAGGCCCUGCUGAGGACGGGCGCGGCAGCGGCGAGCGAGAACGGGGUGGACGCGGACGACCCCUACACGUUCAGCGAGCCGGAGCCCCAGGUGCUGCGACUGCACCAGACGGCGACGCCCGUCAACACGUACUCCAGGAGAUGCGUCGCGAGGAAGGCGGGGCCCGACGCGGCGGUCCCGGACGGCAGGGCGUCGGACGACGACGAGAGUAGCUCCAAGACCAUGAACCGGCUGCAGGCGAAGAUAGCGCGCAAGAAGGUGAUGGGCAAGCACGGGAGGAGCCUGCUGGAGGAGCAGCUGCUGGGCGUGAAGCAGGAGCCGGGGAGUCCCCCCGCGGCGCUGGUGAGCGUUCCUCCCCGCAGGAGGGGCGGGGCCGCCUGCAGCCAGACCGCGGCCACCCGGCACGAGGCCCUGCAGAGGAUACGGCAGCUGCAGGACUGCCAGCGAGAUCUGUUCCCCCUCGGCCUGGAGGCGUCGGAGAGCGAGGGCAGCGACGACGAGGACUGCCCCGUGCUCCAGCGGCACUGGUUCUCGGUCUGGGACGCGGGGGCGGAGGGCCAGCGGGGGGCCAAGCUGGGCUCGGUGAGGGGGGAGCUGCGACGCCGGCUGUGCCAGCUGUCGGCCGCCAUGGCGCACCGGCCCGAGGACCAGCUGGCCCGAGCGCUGGUGGACGCUGCGAGGGCCCGCCCCGCCGCCGUCGCCCGCCUGCUCCGGGAGUCCCGGGGCGGCAGGUGCCGCCUGCCUGGCGCCACCUACAACCGUUCAAAACUGGCCAUGCUGCGGAAGCGGCAGUGCUGCUACCGGCAGGGCGAGAAGGACGCGUGCACCAACCCGGCGCUGCCGUGCACACAGCACUGCAUGCGGCACAUCAUGUACAACGUGGACCAGCUUCUGUACGAGCACUGCACGGCCAAGUUCUCGGACAACACCCAGUGCUGCAUCCCGGUGUUCGACAUCUGCCACGAGCUGCCGCUGUGCUUGGAGCACGCCAGGAAGCGGGACAACUACGACAAGAUGUGUGCCGAAACGAAGCCAAAGAGAGUUCGCAAGAAGGCCAAGCCGUCCGCGAUGACUCGGCCCAGCAAGCGUGGCAAGAAGAAGAGAAAGGCUCAGAGACCAUCGGAACCUCCGCCACCUUCGCUGAGCAUGGCGCUGCAAGAAGAGGUGUCCCGAGCUGCUACCUCCGGUUUCACAUCUGAUGCAGAAGAGAGUGGUCACUUUUCUUCCAUUGCGCCUGUUGUAUCAGUUGCACCUUCGGUUGUCGUGCCUAGGGAUGAAACUGGCCCCACCUCGUUGUCGUGUCCUGUGGCAACUCCAGAGCAUUUGAUCGAGAAAGUGAAUCACUGCAGCAAUGCCACGUUAUACUCCGAAAUUAACAUCAAAGAGGAGCCGUACUCUCAAAUCAGCAUCAAGGAGGAACACAUUGGUAAGACAGAUGUGAGCGAAGUGGAGGGAAUCGUCUAUCCUCUGGACCCGGAUCUAGGACACCAGGCGACCAACCUGUUGGAGGAACACGACCUCACCAACGUCCUUAAUCAGAUUCCAGCAGAUGCCUUCAACGAUCUGUUCACAGAGGAUAAGAACGGGGAGUACGAGCCGACGCGGGAGGAGACGGAGGAGCUGGAGCGGGCGCUGGAAGCAGUCGACAAGGACGUCAAGUCCCUGGAGAAGCUGUCGCAGUCGCAGGGGCUGCUGGACACGCUGAUAGACGAGCAGGCGCUGGUCCAGACGCUCGCCCAGCUGCCGGAGGGGGUGCCCCCCCUCUCGGUGUCGGGCGGCGUGGUCCCCGUCUUCGCCGCCUACCACAACGGCGAGGUGGUUGGAGACGGACACACCGUGCCAGCCAGGGAAAAGGGAGUGUUUUGGAGGAACCGUGGCGAAACAGAAUCGUGAUGGUGAGGCCAGGAUUCAAACCCAGAUCAUCUGGAAAGUGAGUUCAACGUUUAACCGCUGUGUGGUUCUUGCUGAUUUACAUACUCAAAUGUUAGUGAAUUGAAUGCCAAGGUUUUUCUGAAAAUACGUACACAGUUUUUCAAAGAAUUUAAAAUAAUUUGGUUUAUCGUCAACAGCAACAAAGAUACGUUUAAUUGUUUUCCAAUUUCUUUUUUUCAAUUAAUGUUAUUCAUAUUUACUCUGUUUUUUUUUGUGCUUGUUUUUGAAAUUAGGUUUUCACACCAACUAUGUCUAGCAGAGGAAACUGUACACCAGAAUUAUUAGUGAAGUUUGAUGUUGAUUUUUUAUGCAUCUAAGCACAUUGUAGUUAGUGGGGAGCUGAAUACAUUGGUUAGAACUCGAUGUAAUGUGUCCUGUUUGUUCUAAGAUGAGUUAGUAUCUGAAAUGAAUAAAUGUUUGUCACUGAAAUACGAACUGAGAUUGUGUAUCAGCUAAUUCUCUGUUUGGGGUUCUUAUUAACUGUAACCAAGAUAUGGUUUGGAUUUGUUUGUCAUAGAUAAGCUUAAGAAAACAAAAACCAGGUAAGAUAAUUUUAGGAGCUUAACCCUCUGAAAACAUAUUCAUAUUAUAUUAACACUGAUUCAUGGAGAGUGAAAUCUUUUGAUCAUGUUUGUCUUACCUAAGAACAAUCAUGACAAGUUUUGUGCUGCUUGCAUUCAUUAGAUGAAGAAACUGUGUAGCCUCAUAGUCAGAAUUAGGGCUGUACCAAUCUCAUCUAUUUUGACAAAUGUGCAGAUGCAUAUUGUUGCUUGCUGUUGGUCAAUUUUUCUAAGCCGAUUAGUGCUUUUCCUUAUCCGGAAGUUUGAAUGUUCAUUUAUCUGAACUUUUGGUAGCAUUUUGAUGUAUUGCGGACACAAUACAAAUUACCAAUAAUCGUGAUGGGUGGAUGCCCCAAUUUAAUUGAAUCCAAAUCUUGAAUUUGACUUACGAAGAGUAAUGACUCUAUCGUUCAGAUCAGAAUCUAUGACUAAAGGGUAACAAAUAAACAAGAAAUUAAAAUUUUAACUAGUGUCUUGGAACAUUGAUGCCUUUAAAUUUUUGUUUUAGAAUCUUAAGUCUCCUGAAUCAUUAGAUAUCAUAAUUUUAUUUAUAUAAGUGCAUAUUAAUACUGUAGUAUAAUAUCUUGGAGAACAGUUAUAAGAUGGGUACUAAAAAAACCAAUAAACAAGUAAACUUCAGAGUUAUCAGUGUUGAAUUUUUUGAAUUUAUACAUUUCCUUCAUUGUUUUACUUCAAAUAUUUUUCCUCGAAUCUCAAAUCUUACAGAUACUAAAGAUUUUAUGUCAUUUGAGGAUUUAAUUGGCUCAUCCUUAAAAAAACAGUUAAGGAUGGUGGGGGGAAGGAGGAGAUAAGUGAAGAACCUAAUACAUACCCUGAGAAUCCACUUGUCACAGUAGAAAAUAGUCUCUUUAAGGUAACAUCUACAGCAUCAACUGCACAGCAGACAACCCUCUCUGUUCAUCUUGCAUCAAAAACAUCAAUAGCAGUACAUAUUAUAGGGCAUUAUGGAAAAUAAGGUGCUGAUUCAUAUUGUAAGGCAGAUUAAUAUGAUACUCACUGUUCUACUGUCACUGAUACUAAUAAAUAUUGUAACAACCUAGGUUUUUUUUUUUUUUUUAAUUUUAAUUUUUUUUAAAGUGACAUUCAGCAGAGCAAACCAAUGAAAGUUAUCAGAUCUAAUGGUAGGCAGAAUGUUGCUGAUAUUGGCCGUAGACAAAAGUCAUGUGCUGACUCAUAAUAAUCCGUAAUCUGAAUCGGCAUCGACCCUUUCUAGUCAGGAAACUGUCUUAAUUUUUUUUCCCCAUAAAUUGGUUAAUUCUGAUGUGCAUGCAUGAAGAAUGCAACUGAGAGGAAAGAGUGAAAAUUUCCUAUUCCUUUAGUAUCGUAAACUUUUUUUUUAUUUUUUCGGGGGAAAGUUGGUUUACACAAGUUUGUAUGUUUAUUAUUAUAAUUUUUUUGUUUUAGUUUAGCUAAUUAUUUGUAGUCUUCACUGUGUUAACUAGCUUUAAUGUUACUUUUAGCCACAUUGACACUAUACAUCGGUACUAGUGCUUUGUGUGGAUAGGUAUUAAGUGUAGUGAAUGCAUUAGUCACCAUAAUAUUUGUGAAAAAUUUUCUGCAAGUGUAUCCGUUUAAGAGGGAGAGUUUUGUUUUUUUAAAUUGGACGAAAGGCAUUAUGUCAUGUCAAAAAACUGUUAAUUUGUAAUUUUUUUGUCUACGUGUUUUAUUAUAUUUUGCACUUGAUACUUAUUAAUUUUCAAAUACAGGUAUUUUUUAUUGUUUUUGUCCUUGAGUAGAGUGUUCUGAUUAAGGCUUCAGAAAUUUUGUUUUUCUUACCGCUGAAUUGUUUUUACCCCAAAUUUUUGUCUUACCAACAGUUUAGUUGUAAUAAUAUUUCAAUAUGUAGUUUUAAAAACUAUUUACUGCCCACCUUCAACUGUUGCUAAUUUUCAUGUCUCGUAUACUUUUAUUUUCUUUGUCCAAUAGUUUUUUCACCACCAUUGAACUAUGAAUGCAGGCGAUCAUUCAUAUUUUAUGACUGACAACACUUUAAUCUGUAAGGUAAAAAAUGAGCAUUCGGCUGAAGAUUAGAUACUGCGAUGUAAAUCUUUUUGAACAGACACACCGUUAGCUCAUCUAGCAAAACUUAUAAGUCACUUUUCACCCAUUCUCCCAGUCAGUGGCGUGAGUUCAAUAAAAUGAUAAUGGCAGUGUGCUGUAGUUUGGGCUUAAGAUGUGUAGUACUCCAACAUAGUUUUCUUUGCAUUAAACUGUUUCAAAUAACCUGUAACCGUCACAGAUACCUCUGGGUCUACUACUCCAAUCAUUGUCACUUGAGGAAAUGGUCAGAAAUGAAUAUACGUAAUUGUGAAAAUUCUUUAGUGAUUGUCUUAUAAUAACAAAUUAUAUUUCCCAGCCAGAUCUAACUAAAAUGCAGUAAUUUUACACUGUUAGGAUAUUGCUAUUGUGAGCCUUUUGUCUUUAUGUUAUCUUUCACUGUAAGAAUGGGACAAUAAAUGUGAUUUUUUUACAUGUGCAAUAAACUUUCAUGAAGUUUUUGAGUCUAGGAGUCUGUCUACAGAUGUCUGCGAUGAACUUACUGCCAAGAGCCAAAUGAACAUACUUAUUUACCUGUGUAAUUUUUUGUAUGAAAAUAAUAAUAGCUACAUCACAUGUAUCUACUAUCUAUACUAUAAGGUAUUUUAAUUUUUGCUGUAGAUUAGUUUCAGAAUGGUUGCUUUAGUUAGUAGAAUUGUUUUUGAAUCCAUAUUAUUUUAACCCAUUUAACUUGACAAAAUUAAAAAUUGUUAUAGGUACUGAAGAAACAAAAAAUACUUCACAGAAGUAUCACAAGUAUGUUACAUACUUAUAUGGAGGAAAUAAUUUUGUGUUUAAUUUUUUUAAAAUUUUAAUAAGUGUGGGGAUAACGAAUAAAGUUUUUAAAUUUGAUAUUUGUAUUCAAGAAUAUUUUGAUAUUUGUCUUGUAAUUCAAUUUUAACUAAAUAAAAACUGAUAUUUAAUUUGCACAGACCUAAUAGAUUCAGCCUUCUGCUGUUUUACUUUCACAUGACUUUGCCACCUUUCACAAUAUCACUUUAAACAAAAAUUGCAUUGGGCAUUGCAAAUAGAAAAACAUUUCUACAUUACAAACAGUACGAAAAAGGUACUUGGUGUUAUUGCUUAUGUGUUAUGUGUUAAAAACGUUUGUGUAGAGUUUUGCAAAUGUUAAAAAAAUGCAUUGGCAAUUUUAAUUAGUUAUUGUAAUGAGUGAAAUGAAAUUUGUCAAGUAAUACAAAUUAUUAUUUUUGAGCCUAACUAAUGUUCAUUUAGUUUAUAUGAAACUACUGUACUAGUUACGUGUCAAUUAUAUUCUUCUGUAAAGAAUAUAAGAUGGUCACUAAUAUAAACUGUCAGCAAUUAUAUAUAGGUAUAUAGGUAUGUGUAAAUUUUAUUUUGAAAUUCAGUUUUAGUAUUUUGCUUGUAUAAUUUAAUACCUUGGAGUUUUAAAAACUGCAUUAUACAGCUUAUUUGAAUACCGUAUUUACUCGCAUAUAAGUCGCCAUCGCAGAUAGGUCGCACCCAUAAUUUGAGGUCUUGAAUUUGGUAUUUAAGAUUCCCCCCAUAUAGGUCGCACCGGUAAUUCAUUACCGCGCCGUGCGCUGUGCGCUGAGAAAGGUCAUUGUACUCGAUCAGCUGGCCAGCUGCUGUUACGACGCGCCUGCUGGCUCUCUUUGUUCACUAAGCUGCGCAUGCGCAGUAUAACUCACUCAACGCUCUGCCCAGACUCGUGACCUUGCAUCAGCAACCAGCCAAUAGAUGCGAGCUUAGCGGAAAAAAAUAUAAGCUCCACCUCCCGUGUACCAAUUUUGUCCAGUUCUAAUACCAGUUUAUUGGUAUACGCACCAGUUUUCUCGCUGCCGUGACAUGUUCAAGUUUACGUCCAUCUUGAUGUCUUGAUACCAAUAAUUAAUUAAUUAAGAUCCCCAGAAAUAAAUUAUUUUAAAAAAUAUUUGUCAACUGUACAAUACUUCCGAAAUUAUAAAAUACGUAUAAAACAUAUACCAAGACUCCGCUCAUUUUAUCUUGUGAAGUUUAUAUCUCGUACCAGUAUUUCGGCUAAGUUGUGACAUAAAUACAGUAUCAGAACUUAUAAGCAGUCACAUUUAUACAUUCGUGAGUUUACGUUUUUACCUCGUGCAUUUUAGAUUGUCUCCUGCUAUUAUUACUCGGACUUUUACACGCCUAGGCUGAAAUUAUUACAUGUUUAGAAAUAAAAGCAACUGUUCAUGUUAUAAAAUAUGUAUAUUUUGCGAUUUAAAAUGUUCAUUGCCGACUAAUAACGUUACGUUUUUCAAGAUGUUUUUAGGCCUACUAGCUAAUCUUAUCUACUCUUAAAGUACCCACGGUAUUUUCUGGUUGUUUAUGGUUGUUACGUGACGUAAAUAGCGGGAUGGAUUCGAUUUUUGAGUCGUAAUUUGCGUGAAAGUAUUGUAUUGGACUAAGUGGGAACUAAACGGGACCUGAAGAAUAUAGUGCAAAUAACGGGAAAACGUAAAUAACGGUAAAGUAAAUAAGGGGUUUCGCUGUAUGUGUACGUUGUAAAUAAAUUUGCCUAUAUCUAUAUAAACUUCUUUUUCGAAUUUUAAAGCAAAAUAUUGCAAAAAAAAAAAACCUCAAAAAUUAAAAAAAAAAAAUUUUCUUCACAUAUAGGUCGCACUUCAUUUUUUCCCCAUCAAAUGUGGUAAAAUUGCCGCGACCUAUAUGCGAGUAAAUACGGUACUUGUCUUUAUGGAAAGUUGGGAUUUAUUCACACUGUGUCCGAUAAUUUUUGGCAUCUUUCCAUCUUAAUACAGAACUUUACCUAAUAUUUAAAUGUCUUAUAUGAUGAUACUAUGCACGUUAUGCUACCAUUUUUGUCUGUUAUUUCCAUCACUAAUUUCAAUCCGUUGCAAGCCAUCUUUUAGCAUUCAUUGAUGUUAAAUACCUACUAAGUUUUAUAACAGUGCAUAUCUUUUUAAACGAAAUUGUUUUAACAAUUUUACAGAAUGUUACAACAUUCAUACCAUGUGUGCACACACGUCUAGGCCAGUGGGCCUACGAAAUCACAGAACCGAACAACUUCAGCAGGCAAACAACUUGCCACUACAGCAGGCCUCAAACAUAGAGGUACUCUGACAUUACUGCUACAAAUUGUGUAGGGUGUCUGGUUAUUACUGCUCUUAGCAUUACUCUCUCUUGAGAUGCAUUUUUCUCAGAUUCUGUUUUCUGCAAACACCAGAAAAUAUUGCGGCCUGAUUCUUAAAAAUUACCAGAAAUUUCAAUGGAUUUAGAGAGAAGAAAGGAAUUUUCCCUAUUCCGAUUGUGAUAUAAGUACAUACAUAACUGCCAAGUCCACUUGACUCCCUUAACUAGGCCGCACGUGUACAGUAAGAGUACCUCAAAUAUAGGUAAAGCUACCUCUAAUGUAACAAACCUCAAAAAUACUAUAAAAUAUGCUUACCUUAAACAUGUGAUAAACUUAAAUGUGAGACAAUUAAAUUAUUCGCUCAGGGAUCUAUUUUGUUUUGGACCUAGGUCAUUUCUAUCUCUGUAAUUGUCAAACAGUCCAAAGGCUGAAUUUGGCAGGGAAUGAAUAAAUUAAUAAACAAACAUCUGUAGGAAUUUCCCUAAUAUAAUCAGGCAAGUGCAGGCUACAUUCACAAUUACAGUUUCCCAUGCCAUACUUAAAGGUUAAUGCUUAAAAUUGCAAACUGUUUUAGUUUACAGUUUAAUGUAGAAUAUGUCCUGUAGUGGACAUUGUCAUGUUUUGAACUAUUAUUUUCCAUUAUUUUAUCUUUUAAUUAUUUUUUUUAAUACAUUCAUAUUUAUGGUAUCUUGCAUAUUUAGGUAGAAAAAUAUUUUAUUUUUUCUUUGAAAAUAAGGUUCUCCAACAUUCUAUUGAAUUUUUAGGUCAAAGCAAUAUAAAAUCUGUGAAAUUCCCAUCCAUCACACUUAUGACGGGCAGAAUAGUGACAACACUAUGGUUUCGUGUUUGAAGAAUUGAGAAAAAAAUAAAUACGUUUAAAAAUCUGCAUCAGUGUCUAUAAAAGUUGGAAAUCAACCCACAACUUAUAUUUGUGGCUUCAAAUUGUAAGAAAUCGUUGCAGUCCAUGUCUAUGUGGUAGCUGUGUGAAAUUAUAAUUUGAGAACUGUGAAAUAUACCAUGUAUGAUCAUUCAUGUGUGAUCAAUUUGCUCUCAAAUUUUCAUGAGACAUUUAAUUAUUAGUAAAAUUGAAUGUAUUCAACAUAGUUUACAAUACCAGGGUGUCUACGGUCACAGGUCACGAAAGAGUAAAGAAACUGAAGGGCUGGUAACAAGAGUCAAGAAAAAAUCCUGGGAUAAAAAACAGUAAUGUUGCUGGAAUUCACAAAACUUUAAUUUCCAUUAACAUUUGGCUAACUGGCAUUUAGUUUUAAUGCCUAACUUCUGUUUAUAGUUGUAGAUUAAAAAUAAAUAGUUGGAGACUGUCCUCAUAAAUCAUGUGGAAAUUAUCUCUGCAAAUGUUCAUGUUUUCUAACACAAAAAUUGGCACGUAUCUGUAAAUCGUGGAACUAUUUUGUAUUAGGUUUAAAUUUUGUAAAAGUUUUUAAAUUGGUUAACACCCUGCAAUAAAUACAUUGCUUUCUAUAUUUGACAAAUUUUUCUUAACUUUUUAGUUGAUGUCACUAGGUUCAUAUUUGUACCCAAUUAUUUUUGUCAGUCUUUAAUUAUUUUUUCCCCUUCCUUUUUUUACUAGCACUUCACCUAGUAUAGCACCUAGAGUUUGUAGGUUUGUUCUGUUGCCAAGUCAUUUUAAUUUGAAGUGUUAUCUUAAACAUCUGAAAUUUGGUAUUCGUGUAUCUAAUUCCACCAUCAAGAAUGCCAGGCCAGAAGACCUCAUUCAAGUAGCAAGAGAAGAUGAAGAGGAGGAAGUGAUGGCAAGGGGAGAAGAAGAAUCGCAUACCCUCACUCGGAGUACCACAGCACAGCAUGGAACACUUGUAAACUUCAGGUCAGAUACUUGAAAGGCCCAAGUUAUAAUCCUCGAUUGAACAUUGUGGAGAUUUUAAGCAUGCGUGCGUGCAUGUGUUUCUGUCUACAAGUUUCAUUGUGAAAGAACUUGUGCGUGUUAAUAUACCGUUAGGUAACUGCUCCCUGAUGAUGGCAACUGCAAUGUCGACCAAAACAUCGAUAUCUUUGCCCUUAGUGCGGCUACAACCCAGAAGCCAGGCAACUCCAUACAAAGGGUGCAAAAGCCUGCGAUUUUUACUAUGAAUUAAACAUGUUUUGGAAUACGGCCCAUGAAUUAGGUUACGGUUGUUUCCCAACAAGGCAGUGCUUAUUCGCUGCCUUACCUGAACAUCUUGGAAUACUGCCCUUAAAGUUUUCAUGUAUAAUUAUCUAUAGGUGAUACAUUUUUUUUAAUCAAUAAAAAUCCAGUACUACAUAAUGGUUAUGAUUAUAGUUAGUGGAUUUGAUGCAUACAUCGACUGAAGAUGUUAAUCAGUAAUACCCUUUUUUGUACAGUCUAUAAUUUUGCAGUUUCUUGCAUUUUGUUACAAUUUCCUCACGUCCCCUAUAAUAAUCAAUAAUGAACUACGUAGUAAAUUUUUCAUGCACACAAGUUUGAAUUAAACUAAUCAAAUGUGUGUUCAUUCGAAGAUUUGUCAUCUUGUGUGUCUGUAUGUACAGCGUUACUGCACUACAUACACGCUCACACACUUGCGCACGUUCUCAGUUUGGCAUCGCUAUUCCGUGGAGUUGUCGCUCUCAUGCAUCUGUUUAUGUUUGAGCCAUUACUUGCAGUGUCAGUUUGAUGUGGUUUUAGCUAAUUAUAAUAAGUAAUUAAGUGCUAUUUUUAUUGUUAUUUUUUAGUAACUUCAUUGGCUUUUGGCAGUGACUAGCUCACAAGGUAAAAUAUUUUUGGUUGGUGCCAUGAAUUUGAAAAUUUUAAUCCUGUUAAAUUAUUAAUUCUUUUGAAGUAAAAAAAAAUUGAAAUUCAUUAAUAGAAUGGGAGUGAAUUGCAACAUUUAACCCUGGAAUAAACAGCUUUCUUUCCAGUAACCAGUAGUGUGUAGAAUUUCAUUUGCCUGGGGGGGGGGGGGGGGAUAAAACCACUUUGCCCACUUGUUUGGCUUUCAAUUUCUUUCCUUUUUUUUUUGGUAGGAAUGUUAGAUUUUUAUAGAUAUUAAGGAUUUUGGGGGAGGAGGAUAUAUCCCCCCUUCCUGUAAUUACAUCCCAGCUUUGUAUCUGUGCUUUGUUUGGGUUGUCGCAGUAAAAGACUGGUAUUGUAUUUAGGAUAUGCAUAGCUUUGAUUAGUGUUCUGAACUGUCACCUGUGAUAUUUGAGCUCUAUUCUGUUUUUUUUUUUUCCAUUUUUUUUUAAGACUGUUUAUUAUAAGUAUGUACGGAGAACAUGGAAAAUCCUGUGCAAGAUGCAUGAAUGCACCAUUCCUGUACGAGUGGACAGUACAAAGUCGGUGGUUAGUUGCAUUAUGCGAAGCAGGUUAUUUGGGUAACUUGAACCAAGGCAACACAGCCUUGCGAUCUACAAACUUUGCGACUGUCGCCAGUUCACAAGAAGCUUUAUCAUCGUUCAAUAGCUUUACAGUGUGUGUUGUUAUAAUGUAAUAUUUUCCUUAUGUGAUAUAGGUGAAUAUGAGCUGUUAUAUUUUGUGCAUAUGUUUGUCUUAUUUACGUAAAGAAACAAGAUAGUUGUCUGUCAAAUAGAAGAAGUUCAAACUUGGUAGUGAAUGUCAGAAAUAGCUGUAAGGGUAAUUGGAUGUGGAUAGGAUAGCUUCUAGCUAUUGAAAUUGUCAAGUCAUGUGUCAUGUAUGCUAAUUCAGUCUUAAAACUAUGAUUUUUCAUCUUAGCUGUGUGUCAGUCUAGUGUGUCUUUUUACAACCACAAAGGUUUAUUUUCAGUCUUGCCUGAUGUUCUUGCAGUAAAUAAUAAAAAUUUGUUUUCACUAUAACUUGUUUACUAAUUUUGCAAUUUGCAUUGUCAAGCACCAUAAUGUUUUUUUUUCUGGUUAUUUCAAAGUUUCAGUACAUCUUACAGUAAUGGGACUGGUUAAAUUUUUAAUGGGACUGGUUAAAUUUUUACUUCAUAUUAGACUAAAAUAGUGAUUCUUCAAUAAAUUCUGGACUAAACUAAUUUAGUAUAAAUUUGAAUGCAAAAAAUGUGAUGGUGUACACAAAACUUAGAGCUUUCAUGAAAAUGAAGAAGUAAUAUUUGGUACUGCUUACUUUUUAAAUACCAGUAUGUUGAAAAGUCUUCUUGCUGUAAGGCCCAGAAAAUUAUUUUAAUGUUAAUAUUCAAGAUAUCACCUUACUUGAAGACAUGUACAACACAGAAAAACAGGUUAGUUUUAAAAAUAUUCAUUAGUAUUGGAAAAUUUCAGGUUCAAGAAAAAUAUUUCUUGUUCCAGUGUCUCUUAAAACAGGAUCUAUGAAAAAGAAUCAUCUAAUUUCAAAAGACUAACUAUAAAUGUUAAGUUUUCAAGGAAAAUAUUCUGGGAAAAUUUUCCGACAAGUUAUACUUCACAAGAACCAACAAUUAAAUGUUAUCAACAUUUGUUUAAAAUCAAACAACUUAAUUAAAGAUACAUUUGGUUUUUCUUUACAACGUAAUGGACCACUUAAUAUUUGAGAAUUGGUUAUUAUCCAUGCUACACCCUACCAACUGAUAGGAUCAAAAGAACAUUGUUUAACAGUACCUACCAAUUUGCAGAAGAUAAAUUAUUGUAUAACGUUUAUCAACAUAUCUUAAAUGUUGGUAAUCGAAAAAAGGAAAAUUUUCCAGAACGGUUUAGAGGUUUACCAUGCACAUAGGAAUAUUAAGUUUUGCUUACAGUUUCCACUGGUGUUCCAUACGCCGUCCUUUGGCACAGCUGACAUCUGCACAAUAGACAACUCCUUCCUUAAGUCAGCAUGUCUGGUGUUGGUGUGGUCGCUGCCGUUUUAGUUCUACUCUGGCUUUGUCUUGUACAGCGAGGUCAUUAACUUAACAACAUAAUUCAGGGGUAUUGAGGAAAGAAUCUGCCUUGGUUUGUACUAAGGAGCCAUCUCACCUUUUGUGUGGCGUGAUUUCAACAAAUCACAAACUGAAAUCAAAAUGGCUAGACCGGGGUUCGAACCAGGGUCUUCUGCAAUUGGAGUUGAGAGUUUUUUUUGUAAGGGGAGGUGUUACAUAAACACUUAAAGAAAAUAUGACAUACACUCAGUGAUAUCGGGAACUUAGCGACCGUUUGUGCAGUGCCAAAUCCAUACAAUACUUACGGUUGAUCUAUCAUCAAGGAAGCUCAUUGUCUAGAAGUAUACUUUUUUUUUUUUCAACAGCUUCAGAACACACAGAGUUUAUAAGAACCCUGUACGUUGUCUCUACCAAUUAUUAGUUUGCUUCCCAAACCGCGGUGCAAGUACAUAAAUAGAUAUGGUGGCACCCAAGACAUCCUUAGAUCGAAGAGACCCAUCAGUUUAAACUUUAAGUAAAACUUGUAGCCUUUUGAACUUUGAUGAUUUGUUUGUUUAUUACUUAAUUAUUGCUGAAAAUUUUAAGAUGCUCUUUUGAUCAUUCAGAAUUUUAACAGCAUAAUGGUUACUUCCAAAUUUUUUUUUGUGCAGAAAUAUGCCAACAGGUUCUAAAAUUUGUUUUAAUGUUCCCUUUGUGGGGAAAUGAAUAUUCAUUUUCACAAGUAAAUUUGUAAGAAAGAUAAGUACCAUGAAUUAACAUGUAGCUAAUUAAAUUAUAUAUGCUUGAUGCAUCGAGUUAAAAAAAUUCAAAAUAUUUUCGCUGCAUGGAAUAUAAGAAAAUGUUUAAUCAAUAUUUUUUUUAAUAAUAGCAAACAUAUAGGAUGUUAUUUACAUUAAGUUCUUAAAAUGUUCCAUUAGUUUUUAUCAGUUUCCAAAACAUUUCCAGAAGAAAUGGGUACUUUGAAAUCUACCUACGUCUGUAGGCUGUGACGAAAGGAAUUUUUUAAUAUAUGUUAUUUUUAAUAUUUUCCUUCAAAACUUUUUCCUCGGAUAUGAAAUCCUUUGAAGGCCAAGGAUUUUAUUGAAAUUGAGGAUUUGUUUGGCCUAUCCCUGAUUAAAACGCAAGCUAAAAACAUGUAAUGGAAGCAUCCAUCAAAUUAAGUUCAAAAACCUUUAAAAGAUAAUAGAAGUUGCUGGCAAUAUGCAAACUUGUAGGAGGUUAUAUUUAAUUUGUUUGUCUGUCAAAAGUUGCAGCUUGGGAAGCUUUCAAUGGAUGGACGAGCAGACGGACAGAACUUUCCGGGCCUUCUGAUUGGCCAGAGGUCAUGUGAUGGACAAAUCACAGAGAGUUAAGCUUUACUUCAGGCUCUGGUUACAUGUGGGUGUAUUUUGUGACUGAACCAUGCAUGACCUCUAGUGGUACUUACAAGAAAUAGUUUCUUAUUGCACUAUUACAAUUUAAUGUUUUGGAUUUGUGUGGAUGUAUUAUAUAGUUAACAAAAAUAUUGAAAGGGGAAAUCCUUAUUAGCACGUAAAGAACUUGAUUCUUAAAAUGUCCAAUUUGUAUUUGUAAAUAAUUUUAUACUUGACACAUUUUCUCCUGAAGGUGUAUUAUUAUUAUUAUUUUGAAUAUGUGUGCACAUAAAUAACUCUAAUAAAUUUUAGUCUGUCAAAA